AUUUGCCAUUCACAGCAGGGAAUGGUAUUGUGUGCGUGAGGUUCGUGUAUGUGAGCGCAAAUGUGUAUACCAAUGUAUGGAUAGUGUUUAUUGUAAAAAGCGCCAUCAAAUUGCCCAAAAGGGUGACGAACCUAAAAAAGAAAUCGCUUUGCGGUGAAGAAAAAAACGUUAAUAUCAGCAUUGUCGACGAUUAAGUCGUCGGUAACGCUGCGAAGCAAGAACAAGGCAAAAGCAGAAGAGAAAGAAUAUUGUGUGUCCGCGUGCUGCCAACUGCGCUCAAAAGAGUGGCGUCUGCGUCCAAAAGAACAAAAAGGCAAUUGAUAUAAUUGUAGUAAUAACAAGAGGAUAAUUCAAGGACUUGUAAUGCCUGCGGCCGCAGUGUCGACGACAACGAAACGAAGAAGCGCAGCAGCAGCGUGAAUUUAGAAGCCAUAACAUUGUGCGUGUGUUGUUGUUGUUAGUGUUGGUGGUGGUGGCGUGCGUACAGUAAAAUUUUUCAACAAGUUGUCAGCGCGCAACGCUCAGCUCCAGCAACAAAUACAACAACAACAGCAGCAGUAGUAGCAGCAACAGCAGUGAGCAGCGUUUUUAGUGAUGUCAUCAGAAACAGACAUCGUUCAAUAUCCAGCAACAAUAACUUCAAACUGGCCAAAUUGAAACGGAAAAAACCGUCAACCUGAAGCAGUUAUCGAAGAGCGUGGUGCUGCUUAAAAUCGCAAAAAUGGAUAGCAUCGUGGAGGAGAACGGCAACUCGGCAUCUAGCGGCAAUGUCAACGAUGUAGUCGAUGUGUCGGCGGCCGUCGCUGCUGCCGCCGGCCUCACCUCAGGAGCAACAGGCGGCCAGCAGCAACAACAGAACCAGCAGAGUACAACGGGCGGCGUAUCAGCGUCGUCCAACACAAAUAAUACUGGCGGCGGCGGCGGUGGAGGACCAUCAGUGUUAACCACAACCGCCAACUGCAACAUACAAUAUCCAAUACCAGCCCUGGCGCAGCAUACAGGCAUACAGGCACAGUCUGUAAUACAGGCGGCCAAUCAUUCUUCUGUUAUACAAACCGCUGCCGCAACUAAUCAACAAGCUUUGGCCACUGCAAGCGCCAUGCAUAAGGCGGGGGGCGGAGGUGGCAAUGUUGUCUAUGUGACCAAACCGCCCAAUACAACGGUCAUCCACACGACCGCCAGCAAUGCUGUGCAAGUGCGUAAUAAAAUCCCUCCAAAUUUUCCAUGUAAGAUCAAACCUGAACCGAAUACACAACAUCCUGAGGAUAGUGACGACAGCUUAUCGGAUGAGGAUUCGCCGCAUCAUCGCAGCGAAUUGACAAGGAGGCCAUCGUAUAAUAAGAUCUUCACCGAAAUCAGUGGACCCGAUAUAUCCGGGGGCCCAGCACUGCAAAUGUCUGACGGUGGCGUACUUGGGGCGCAGCUGCCGAGUGGCGCGACGAGCGGUGGCAACACAACCAGCAGUCCACUGCUACACAUGCCGCCGGAUACUUCAUAUUAUCUAUCCAGUCGGAUAGCGUACAAUACCAACAACAGCGGCAUUGCCGAGGACCAGACGCGCAAGCGUGAGAUACGGCUGCAAAAGAAUCGCGAGGCGGCUCGCGAGUGUCGACGCAAAAAGAAGGAGUACAUUAAGUGCCUGGAGAAUCGUGUAGCGGUGCUAGAGAACCAAAACAAAGCGCUCAUCGAGGAGCUGAAAUCGCUUAAGGAGCUCUAUUGUCAAACCAAGAACGAUUGAACGUGGCAGCGGCGUUGGCAGCAGCGUAAGCGGCAACGUCGACGUUGGAUCAAGGCUGUGGCAGCGGCAGCAGGAGCAUCACCAGCAGCAGCAGCAGCAGCACCGAUGUUACUUACAAUGACGUCAGCACCACCAGCAACAGCAGCAUAAGCAGCAGCAGCAGCAGCGUGCUUCAAGCUGGGGAGUAGUGAGACGUCCAGAAGGUCUGAUCGGAAUGCGUGGACGGCAUGUGUGCUAUUUAUUGGCUGCAUAUGUCAUGGCUUACAUACAUACAUAUGUACAUACGUAUAAAGCUGAUUAUGUGUAGAGUAUAUAUGUAGAGUAUAGAGACCCAGACAGACACGUUCGUCACUAGUGUGGACGGUUGUUCGCAUUUAAUAUGCUGCUAACACACACACACCCACACACAACUACAUACGCAACCACAAAUUGCUGCCGCAUGCCAACAACAACAAUGUUGCCUACCUGCCUGCCAAACACAGACACAGAGACACACACAUACAGACACAUAGACACACACACAUAGCGACACACAAACAAUGUAAUUAUGUUUAUAAUUUUUUAUGUGUAAUAUUAUUUCUAUGCUUAUUACUGUAAUAUUUUCUUUAUAGUUUACUUUUGCGAUAAUUUUAAUGUAAAUUAAUUCCUUUCUCUUUUUGUUUGCUUAACAAUUUUUUGCAAAAAUUCAAGCAAAUCAGAAAAAAAAUCUAUGAUUUUUGAGUAAAGUGCGCAGCGCGUCAACUUUCUAAGCAAGAAAAGGAAAAACAAAACAAAAAGAAUUUAGUAAAUGAAAUAACAAUGUUUUUUGUUUAUUUUAGCAAAAUAAAUGUUAAAACAGAAAACAAAUUAAACAAGAAGCGAAUUAGUCAACACACAUACACAUGCAUACACACACACACGCCCACAAAACACACACACACACAAAAUUGUGCUCGGCGCCGACAUCAAAAUGUUCGUACACACAAUUUUAUAAAUAUAGUAUACAAAAUGCAGCCGACUCUAAUUUAUAUUUGUAAUUUGCAAAAAGGCGCUAGCAUUGUGUGAACUAAAAGUGUAUGUAUUUCUUAUUAAUGAAAUUAUUUAAAAAUUUUUGUUACAUAAUUCUAGUGUUUAAACAAAAAACAAAGAAAAGUAAAGUAAAAACCAACUUAGGCUGCGCCCAAUGGCAGGCUACACAUUUUUUAGCUGUGCGCGCAACAAAAAGGAAAUAUGUAUGUAUGUACGUAGUUAGCGAAUAUUUGUACACUAUUUCAAUGGCAUACAACAACUCUAUAACAACAACAAUCUAUAUAUAUAUAAAUAAAUAAAUAUAUUUGGUUUGUUAGUUUUUAAAAAAAAAAUGCGCGCGCAAUUAACAUUGAAAAAGAAAAAAACAAAUGUAAUUUCUUCAUUUUUUUCCUUUUGGGCCACUCGAAAACAAAAAGAAAACAAACAGUAGCAACCAAAAUCAAGGUAAAUCAACGAAAAGGCAGCGACGUCAUAUUUUUUAACAUACUUAAAUGAGAAUUGUAAAAAUGAAGGAAAUUGUAAGGAAACUUACAGACACGUACAAGUAUGUGCAUAUAAAGCAAAACUCUCGUUAUCUCUUGUGAUCAACUCAGUUGUUGUUAUGAAUGAAAAUUUAAAAGAAAAGCAAAAAAGAAACAAAAUAGAAAAAGAAAAACAAUACAUACAUGCACGCAGACAGACAGACAGACGGACAGCCAGCCAGCGCUGACAAUGUUGUUGCAGGCGAUCUUUUUUUAUAUAUACAACAAAAACAAAACACUAAAGAAAUAUUUAAUGUCAAAUAUAGCAGGAGCAAUGCAUAUUGUAUAUACCGUGUGUAUAUGCAUAUGUUAUGACAUGUAUGUAUGUGUGUAAAAUUAUUAUAAAGAUAUGUAUAUAUACAUAUAUCUAUCUAUCUAUUUUUGAUGUCAAAUCAAUUGGGCGAAACUUUCUGCAAACAAAACAAAAACAAAUAAAUACAAAAACAAAAACAACAAAUGAAAUAUAAAAGCAAAAGCAGGGCAACUUUCUUUGGUAGUCAUUGCGAGAGUUGCAAGCGUAAAAUUUUGAAAACAAACAUAUUUUUAUUGUCAUUGCAUAAUUUUUAAGCUAGUAAUUUUAAUAUUUAAAGCAUAAGCGAGAAAACAAAACAAAGAAAAACCAUAAAAGUGACAACAAUUAAGA